CUCAGGGCAGAGGGGCCACCGAGAGAGGGAGGGCCGGCGGCUGCGGGGCUGCACCGAGAGAUGGGGGGAGACCGAGGACUCCAGGGGGAGUGAGAGAAGUGGGGAGAGGGAUGCCAGGAGAAUCAGUGAGCAGAAGGAGCUGAACAAGUGGGAAGAGAGAGGGGUCUCCAUGGUCAGGGGCACCCGGUUGCCUCUGUGGUCUCAGGCCCCCGGGGUCCCCCGCUGGCGUCUGGCAGAGGAGGAGGUGGGGAGGAGAAGCUGGGGUGGGUGGCCCAGUCGCAGCUCUUCCCGGCCUGUUCCUGAGACGCCCCCCAGCCGCCUUCCCAGGGUACAGGGAGAGGAGCCGCUCUGUCCCCCUCCGCUCUGUCCCCCUCCGCUGGGCUUGUGCAAGGAGGCAGAGAGAGGGCGGGAGAGAGGAGAAACAGAGAGAGGAGAAGCGCUCCACUACCACUCCGCCAUCCUGGGAGCUCCGUCCGCGGCUGUGGUGUUUCCCUGUGGCACGGACACUCGCACCUGGGGUCUCAUGCCCGGAACACUUCUGGACCUGGAGACUCAGGAGGAGAUGCAAACUUGGAACCUGGGCAGGCCCAUCAAAGCCUCGAAGCAGUACCUGCGCCAGGUGAUUGCAGAAUAUGAGGCAUUGGACCGCGAGCUCCCAUGCAUCCGGAAGUUCCCCUCACAGCCCCCUGCCCAGCCCCUCUGCCUGUGCAUGGAGACCACGCCCGAGGAGGACCUUACCCACCUGGAGGUGCUGGAGGCGCUGGAGGCCGUGUUGCCCGGGGCCAUGGAGAGCGGGCGUGUGAGCAGCAUCCGCUUUGAGAAUAUGAAUGUCAUCUGCGGGACUGCGGGGCGCCGGGACCGGUGGCUCAUCACGGUCUCCGACUUCCAGACACGCUCGCGCCUGCUGCGCUCGGGGCUCAGCCCCCGCGGCCUCCAGCACACGCUGGUGCGCCACGACGAGCUGCUGCUGGGCGACUACCGCCUGCACCUGCGGCGCUCCCUGGUCCGACGGCGCAUGCUCGAGGCUCUGGGGGCGGAGCCGACCGAGGAAGAUUGACAGGCGGGGGGGCGGACCCGGCUGCGCUGCGCACCGCCCUGCCGAUGCGGGCCGCUUGCCCAGAACCCGGGCGGGGAGGGGGCGUGGCCUCCCCAGGAAGGAGGCGGGGCCGGCUCGAGGGGGUGGAUACUGUGAGUUUAAUUAUAAAGAAUGACCUGGUACAAAA